GACGUUACCCUGAGCCGUUUAACUCAACGCUACACCGUUUGAGUACUGUAUUGCAAAUGAGUGCUAAGCUAUUCGUAAUUGAGCUAGUCCAUUUCACAAUCUCAUGUUCCAACUCAACACGGGCUACUAGACCGCGUCUCAUUUGGCUAAACUAUUCAUGUUUAGGGUGUUCUGUUUCACGAAGGAAAACUAGACUGUCUAUAAUUUGGCCAUGCCAUUCCUUUAUUAGCUAUGCUAUCCUGCAGCUGAUCCUUACACCAUCUUUGUAUUUGCUGAUCUAUUUGACAUCCUUGUAUUUUUGGUGGUGACGGCCGCCCAUAAGACACUUACUUAGUGACGAUAGUCAGUGGAGCUGUAUUUAGUACCCAGACCUCCUCAGUUUUGCAAGCAGCUGCUUUUUAUGCAGCCACCGCUUACAUAGGACGUAAAAUGUGGAAGAAACUUUUUAAGCCUGGCGGCAGCGACUCUCAAAAUACACUAACGACGCUAAUAAACGAGACAGGUGCUCCUAAAGAGCUUGCUGAGAAAGUUCUUCGCGAGUGUAAUGGAGAUCUAGCGCUCGCAAGACAAAAACUUCGGGGACAUAACUCUUCAAUGGCUGCCGCGAAAGACGAGAAAGUUCCAACUUCCUCUUCAUCAUACGCCGAUGCUCCGCCACCUUAUUCCGAAGCUGUAGAAGGAGCUAUGGCUUCACCCACGCCACUUCCACCUCCGUAUAUCACUCAAGAGAAAGACACUCUUUUAGGUGAAUUGAAAGCCGUGUUUCCCGAUCAUGCAGAUGAGAGAUGUUGUGCCUGUUUUGAUCCAAUUCGCCCUGACAAAAGCGAAGGAUUUAGUGGAGAGAUGAUUUGGCAAGGUUUAAAGGUAACGUAUGCUGUAUUAAACAAUAACAAUAGACACACUCAAGCAGUAAACAUUAUGUUGUUAAUUCCAUUUUGAUGUUCGAUCUUUGAUUCUAGAUCGAGGGCUAUUCGAACGAGAGCAUUAUCAGCCAACUUAGCUUAAGAGCCAAAGAGUAUGCAUUGGACUGGAAAAAUAUUUGAGCACAUCUCUCUCAAAACUGUUACAAUUUGAGUGAUCGAUCGAGUUAUUUGUAUUUGGUUUUUAUCAGAGGCAAAAAAUUUAGCCUCUAAUGAACAUUUAUGAUAUUUGCUCAGUGUUUCCACAUGACCAUCUAAGAUUGUGAUUUAGUUAAGUUUUGUUAAAGUUCAGCAUUUUCCAAUCCUUGAGGGAACAUUUGUUUGAAAACUUAACUCUUGUGCAGCGUAUAUGAAGGCUAUUUUAAGAUGAAAGUCAAUUUUGAGCUUAAAAACCUUCCAAGACUUGAGGGCAGAAAAACAUCAUGCCAAGUUUAUAUGUUAGCUGCCCUGUGUUUGGUCAUCGCUUAAUAUGCAUGGCUGAUGUCAUAAGAUGAUUUUUUUUUGUCCAACAUCUGGAACAAAUAUCAUCCUACCGUUUGCUACUUUCUUGUUCUUACCACAAUGAAUCCCAUGCACAAAAUAGAACUGAGUAGACUCAGAUUUUACACUAAUUCUGUAAAAUACAGUGGUGACUUGUUUUUCACAAGCAUGAAGCUGAUUUGCUCCAGACCUUUUGAUUUUUGUGGUGAAAAUUGAUGUAAGUUUUGUGAUGAUGGUGUUGUAUUACCCUAGGUUUAAAACAGGGCUACCAUUUUGUUGGAUGGUAUUCUGUUAAUGAAAAGUAGUAUGUGGAAAAAUUUGGAUGAAGGGAAAAACAUUACCAACAGAUGUGAUGAGAGAAGAACAGAACAUUACAAAACAAAGCAAAAUUGAGAAGUAAAAAACAUUUCUUAAAUUCUGUCAGGACUAUGAAAUUAUAUAAAUCACUUUCAGAUGAAUUUAGUGGAAGACAGGGGAUGCAGUCUUGGAAAGUCUUAUUUAUUUUUUUUGGUGUUUCUUUUUUUUUUUGUGUGGAGUGUGACAGCAGGGUAGGAGUGCAGGAGAAUAGGAUGCAGGAUGGGUAUGGGUGAUGAGAAUGGAAGGGGUUGGAGAUGGGAAUGGAAUUGAAAUGAAGAAAUGUAAACAUUUGUUAAUCAUUAAUCUGGAGUGUUUUAAGUAGUCAGAGUCAGAGAUGCCAAAGUCAGAAGAAUAGGGCAUAGGAAUUAGUUUCUCCCCUUGUCCAUGUGUCCCCCUCCCCCUACUUUUUCUACUUCCUCAAACUGUUCCAUCUGAGUUGUGGUACCUUACGUUUAAUAAUUUUGUUUUUUUGUGUGAUCUGUUUUCAGGCUUAUCAUUCUGAGUGCUAUUUGAAAAGCAAGGGGCCAAAAUGUGAACAUUGUUGUUUUGCUCUGAUUGCAUUCCCUGAAAAAGGCCUGUCUGGAAGCUGGGGUGUUUAUAAUGGCUGCAAGUAUCAUGAGGAAUGCUACAUUCAAUAUGCAGGACCACGUUGUAGUGCCUGCUUUGAUGUCAUCCGUGUUGAUCCUGAAAAUGGCUUUUCAGGGAAGUGGAUUAAUGAUGGCAAUAAACAGUUUCAUGAAGAAUGCUACAAGAAGAAAAUGUUUGUUGAAAUGAGGGCCAAACAUUCCUAGCUGGCACAUGUACCUUGUUAUGUACAAAGAAACUUCUUCACUGUACACAAGAUGUUCUGGACUUUCUCCACUGUGUUCGUGUGAGAAGGGUUUUAAAGUUAUCCUGCAAUUUUACCAAAGAAAAUUCUCACUUUGGGAAACUGGUUGUGGUGUUCACAACAUUUGCACAAUUUUUGUGCUGAAUCAGGCCUAUUAUGAGUAAAGUCCAAUGUUAAAGCCACUACAAUAAGUUUCAUUGUCCAAGUCUUUGAGAGAUAUUUAGUGGAAAAUAUAAACAGGAUGUGGUGUACAUAAGUUGUAAGCAUUAUCUAAGUUAUAUGAAGAUAACUCUUAAUUUGUUUUUGGUGAUAAUAAUGUUAAUGUAUUUCUGAGGAAUCAAAUGUCUGCUUCAGUUUAUAAUUAUGAGGAAUUUUGAUCCUGAAUCCCAAUGCCUUGUCAAUGAAAGAAUGUUAUCAAUGGUAAUUGGUAUGGACAUUAGACAAGUACUGAAGGCUGAAAUCGAUUGUUCUAAAUUGGAUACUAUAACUUGGGAACCAUGAUUUCCUUGCUUUAUUAUUAUUCAGCACCAACAAUUCAAUAUACUUUCAUUAUGAAAUCACUAUCACAUACGUUUCCAAGAAAAGUGUAAUUUUUUUAAAAAUGUUUUGGCAGGAGACAGUUAAAGUGCUUUGCAGGGACACACCCCUCUAUGUAGGCAACCAGAAACAAGUCAUGCGGUUUGCUCUUGGCCAAUAAAAAGGAAGGAAAAAGAGCAUCAAAUGGUAAUAGUUUUAAAUAUAGAUGUGUAAGGAAUCCAUGUACAUAGCUCUUUUGAGUAUAACUUGCAUGUCACCAAUAGAAAUAUUUAGAAACAGAUACAAAAAUGUAUCUGUAUAAGACACUGGUAAAUAGAACAAGUUACAACUGUGGUGUUAAAUUUUGGAAGUGUGAGGUCGUAAUUUAGCUUCAUGAAAUAAAGAGAUCAAAACAUUCC